GGAGGAAGGCAAGGAGCCCGCCUCGGACGCGGCGCGGGCGGUGGCGGCAGCGUCGUGGUCGUGGUGGUGGUGGUCGCGGCGUCGCGAUGUUGGCGCUGGAGCUGCUGGGCUUCGCCUGGCUGGCCGGCGUGGCGGUGGGGCAGAACGAGACGGAGCCCAUCAUCCUGGAGGGCAAGUGCCUGGUGGUGUGCGACUCCAACCCGGCCUCGGACCCGACGGGCACGGCGCUGGGCAUCUCGGUGCGCUCUGGCAGCGCCAAGGUGGCCUUCUCGGCCAUCCGCAGCACCAACCACGAGCCGUCGGAGAUGAGCAACCGGACCAUGAUCAUCUACUUCGACCAGGUACUAGUGAAUAUCGGACUCAACUUUGAUUCGGAGCGGAGCACUUUCAUAGCACCCCGAAAAGGCAUCUACAGCUUCAAUUUUCACGUGGUGAAGGUGUACAACCGGCAGACCAUCCAGGUGAGCUUGAUGCUCAACGGGUGGCCAGUGAUUUCUGCCUUUGCUGGAGACCAGGAUGUGACCCGAGAAGCUGCCAGCAACGGAGUCCUGAUCCAGAUGGAGAAAGGAGACCGAGCUUAUUUAAAACUGGAGCGAGGAAACUUAAUGGGGGGCUGGAAAUACUCCACCUUCUCUGGAUUUCUAGUAUUCCCUCUUUAAAUAACUUGUCGGCUCAAGGAGGAGCAAAGGAGGAAAGUCUGAGAUGUGUUUCGUGGCCCCCUGAACUGGAUCGAAAGAGAUUCGAACAGCAAACUUCUGGAUAAUGUCUACGUAUGGCAGAAGUUAACCCCUUAACUUAGGUUUGUGUACAUUGCUUGGAAGAUCUCUAACAAGGCAGCAGCAGACAGAAGAUACCUGGAUCCGUCCUUCAGUAAUAUUCCAUUUUUUUCCUUUGCAAAUUGAAUUAGUUGCCUCUCCAUUUAACAGAUUUAUUAUCUCCGCCUCUCCUACCUCGGUGCCAUUCCCGUACCAAACACUGAGGACCCUUGUAUGGUUUCUACUUUGCACUAUCCGUUCACAACCCACCUGAUUUUGUUUCUCACAUUCUAGAUAUAUUUUUAACUCUUUCCCUGAGUUUAACUUUUUUUUUAAAAAAAGCGUAUUUUUGAAUACAUGGGCGCCAUGGUGAAAGAGCUCAAUGCAAACUGUGCUGUGUGCUAAGAAGCAAAUGGGAAAUAUGAAUAUAAAUAUAAAUAUAUAUAUAUAUAUCUACACAUUGACAUGAACUAUUAUAGCCAAGUUCUCAUUUUCACUAUUUCUAUGUAAAUCUGAGUGAUUGUGGAAUUUAAAGGCUGCUUGAUGUUUGAGGCUUUUUGGUUUUGUUUUGUUUUACAAUUUGUUUUAAAAUGGUUUUGUUUUAAAAAUUUCUGCUGUCGUCCGUUGUGGCCCAACUUACAUGCCGAGAAGUAUUUGCAAAUUAAUCUGUAAGAUAAGGUGUGAAUAUUGGCAGAGAAUUCUGGGUUGAGUUUAAUGAUGUUUAAAUUGGGUUUUUGGUUGAACCGAUUUUUUUUUCCUUCUUAGAGGAAGCAUAGGGUGUUGUUCAGGUGAUCUGAAUCUGGGAGGAGGGAUUUGGAAAAAAAAAAAGAGAGAGGAAGAGUCAGAUAAAACAAGGGGAAUAAAUAUGUCAUAUCCAGAAUUGUUUGAUGCAGGUUCCCUUCUGUUCAGAAGGCGAUUUGGGAAGGGUAGAGAACACAGCCUUCCAAAAGAUGAGUAUAAGACCAAACCUUUCCUUUAAUGAACUGGAAUCUUUCUCUUUGUUCUGCCCUUGAUUGUUUUCUGUGCUGUUUUUCAAAACGGGAGGGGUGAUGCUUCCGUCAGGAGGAACAGCCCUCUGAUAAGACUGCCGGGUUGAACAACUUCUACAAGGAGGAGGUGAGAUCCCCUCCCGAAGUUGCAGGAGAAUGCUCUUCGUAUUGGGAAGGGGUUUUUUAAACGGUUUUAUGUAUGGUCUUCGCUCCGUCCGAUAGCAUUUUUAUACACCUGUCUAAUUAAAACAGAACAAGAACAGAAAGUUGGGCAAGGGAAUAGCUGCUAGUAGCAUUAUUUGCAAGUAUUAUUUUGUGUACAGCCUUUCAAAUAUGUAAAUGCUAUAAUUUUGCAGCACUCUUUAAAAAAAAAGGACAGAUACUUUUAUUAUCAAAGUACGGUUUAAAAAAAAAUAACUUUUGAUUGUAAUCGAAACAAUGUGAAAUAAAACCAGUGGAAGAAACUAAAGGACUUCAGAAAUGAUCUGAAGUAGGCAUGA